GGCGCCGGUCGCUGCCCUGGGAGCGGGGCGGUCAUGGCGGAGGGCGCUGAGGCGCUCGCGGCUUCCGUGCGAGACUUCGUGAGCGGGCAGCAGGACGGCCGCGCCGCGGAGCUGGCGGCAGGACUGAAAGAUGGAAGCUGGACUAUUCUGCAGCUUGUGGAAGCCCUGGGGUUCUGCCUGGAAAACACCGAUCCCCGGACGCGAGGGCGAGGCAUCCAACUGCUGUCACAAGUGCUGCUUGAGUGUCACUCCUUGCUCCAGGAGAAGGAAGUGCUGCAUCUCGUCCUGUUUUAUGAGAACCGGCUGCAAGAUCAUCACCUCGUGAUCCCUUCUGUGCUCCAGGGUCUCCGUGCACUGAGCCUGUGUGAAGUGCUGGCCCCAGGGCUAGCAGUCUCUGUGCUCAAAGCCAUCUUCCAGGAGGUGCACGUGCAGUCCCUGCUGCAGCAGGACCGCUACACAGUCUACAGCAUCAUCACCAACUUCAUGGCCAGCAGGGAGGAAGAGCUGAAAGGCCUGGGUGCCGACUUCACUUUCGGCUUCAUCCAGGUGAUGGAUGGGGAGAAAGAUCCCCGCAACCUGAUGGUGGCCUUCCAGAUUGUGCGUGAUCUCAUUGUCAAGAACUAUGCCCUGGGUCCCUUUGUGGAGGAGCUGUUUGAAGUGACAUCCUGCUACUUCCCUAUUGAUUUUACUCCACCCCCCAACGACCCACACGGCAUCCAGAGAGAAGAUCUGAUCCUUAGCCUCCGUGCUGUACUGGCCUCCACACCACAGUUUGCUGAGUUCCUGCUCCCUCUGCUCAUCGAGAAGAUGGAUUCAGACCUGCAAAGUGCCAAGCUUGACUCCCUGCAGACUCUGACUGCUUGCUGUGCCAUCUAUGGGCAAAAGGAGCUACAGGAAUUCCUCCCUAGCCUCUGGUCAUCCCUGCGCAGGGAGGUGUUCCAGACAGCGAGUGAGAAGGUCGAGGCAGAAUGCCUCUCUGCAUUGCACGCCCUUUCUGCUUGUCUCUCCCGUUCUGUGCUCAGCUCAGAUGCCGAGGACCUGCUGGACUCCUUCCUUAGCAGCAUUCUACAAGAUUGCAGGCACCAUCUGUGUGAACCUGACAUGAAGCUGGUGUGGCCAAGUGCCAAACUCCUGCAGGCAGCAGCAAGUGCCUCCCUCCGCACUUACCACCGUCUCACCCACAGCAUCCUUCCCCUGCUGCUGGAGCAGUACAACAAGCAUUCACAGAGCAGCCAGAGAAGGACAAUCUUGGAAAUGCUGCUGGGUUUCCUGGAGUUGCAACAGAAGUGGGGACGUGUAGAAGAAGAUGAGAGUGCUCUGCUGUCGCUCCAAGAGACGAUUUGCUCCGUGGUGUUCUCAGCACUCACAGACCCCAAUGUGCAGCUCCAGCUGGUCGGAAUCAGGGCGCUGACUGUCCUGGGCUCUCUGCAAGGCUUCCUGUCUCCCUCUGACCUGGAGCUGGUUGUGGAUCAUCUUGUCCGGCUCGCUCUGCAUGAGGAAGAUUCCCAGAGCAGUGAAGCAGCGAUGGAAGCAGCUGGAUCUCUGGCCCCUGUCUACCCAGAAGUUUUCUCUGGGCGCAUGGUGCCCAGGCUCGGGGAGGAGCUGCAGUCAGAGCGGGAGGAGGAGGAGGAGGGCUCCCGGGAUCUCCGCUCCUUGCGGCAGCGCUGCCUGCAGGCCUUGGCAGCCGUGUCCACACACACCAGCAUUGUGAGGGAAACCGUCCCUGUGCUGCUGCAGCACCUCCGGAAGGUGCAGAAAGGGAGCGAGGCCGGGAAUGCCCAAAACGUGAUCUCAGCGUGCCGGAGCCUGCACCGCGUGGCCCUGCAGUGCCAGCAGGACGCGGAGGGCUGCUGGUACUACCACCGGGCGGUGGUGCCGUGUCUGCUGGCUAUGGCCGUGCAGGCUGCCACACAAGAGAGCAGCCACCCACUGGUAAGCAAGGCGCUGCUGGAGGAGGAGGUGCUGACUGCCAUGGUCCCUGUUAUCAGCGCUGCCACCACUCACCUUAGCCCUGAGCUGGCUGCCCAGAGUGUGUCUCAUGUGGUGCCCCUUUUCCUGGAUGGAGAGGUCUCCUUUCUGCCCCAAAACAGUUUUCCUUGUUCCUUCCAGCCCUUCGAGGAUGGGGAGUGCUUGGAGCCACAGAGACGCCUAGUUUCCCUCCUCAUGGCCUUUGUCUGUUCCUUACCCCGCAACGUGGUAAUUCCUCAGCAGGAACGGUUGCUCCGGGAACUGCUGGCACUGAGUUGCUCCUGCAACUGUCCCUUCACGGCCACCGCAGCUUCCAAGUGCUUUGCAGGGCUGGUGAACAAGCACCCAGCGGGUCAGCAGCUGGAUGAGAUCCUGCAGCUUGCAGUGAACAGGAUGGAGCCUGGCCUUGCGGAAGGGCCUCACCGAACGCAGGCACUCACCCUGCUGCUCUGGGUGACCAAAGCCCUGGUGCUGCGCUAUCACCCCCUGAGCUCCCAUCUGACAGACAAGCUGCUGGGCCUGCUGAGUGACACAGAGCUGGGCCCCACUGCAGCCGAUGGCUUCUCCCUGCUCAUGGCUGAGUCCCCAGACGUGCUGCACAAGGGCUGCCACGCCGACGUGCGCAUCAUGUUCCGCCAGCGCUUCUUCACCGACAACGUGCCCAAGCUGGUGCAAGGCUUCCAUGGGGCUGGCGCCGAUGUAAAGGCCAAUUACCUGAAGAGUCUAUCCCAUGUGCUCAACCACCUUCCCAAACCCGUGCUGGUGACAGAACUGCCCACGCUGCUUUCCCUCCUGCUUGAGGCCUUGUCCUGCUCAGACCGCGUAGUACAGCUCUCCACCCUGAGCUGCCUCCAGCCGCUGCUGCUUGAAGCCCCCCAGAUCAUGAGCCUGCACAUCGACACACUGGUCACCAAGUUCCUCAGCCUCACCUCCAGCCCCACCAUGGCUGUUCGCAUUGCUGCCCUGCGUUGUGCCCAUGCACUCACCAGCCUGCCCACAACAGUGCUGCUCCCGUACAAGGCUCGAGUUAUCCGGGCGCUGGCUAAGCCUUUGGAUGACAAGAAGAGGUUGGUGCGGAAGGAGGCAGUAGCAGCACGAGGGGAAUGGUUCCUGGUGGGGAGCCCAGGCAGGUGAGCACCCUGCGUCCCCUCCCUGUGCUUACUGACAAUCUAACCAGGACCACCCUGUCAAUGCCGCGGACCCAGCUUCCCUCAGAGCCUGGUACUGCCUGGAGCACUAAGGCUGGAGAAUGGGGACCUGCAGGCAGCACCUCCCCUGUGGCCCCUUCCUGGCCCACUGCCCUCUCCUCUGCACCUAGCAGAGGGAAGGAGCUGUGCUGCUUCUGGCUUGCCUGUAGCCAGGGACACCGAGGGACAGAUUUGCCACCUAUGAACUGCAAGGGCAGGCUUGUGCAUACGGGUGCUCUGUGCAGCACCCCACGUGUGAGAGGAAUAAACUUGUCUGUUUUGGUAA